GCCCGCUCCGCCUCCCGCCGCCGCAGGAAGCCGGAAGCGGCCGGGGCCCUGGGCAGGCCGGCGGGAGCGGCGGGGCUGGUGAAAAAGAAAACUGUCUGAUCAAAGAUCAAAGAUGCAGAGCACUUCAAAUUACCUCUGGCUGUUGUCGGACAUUCUAGGACAGGGAGCGACUGCAAAUGUUUUCCGGGGGCGACAGAAGAAAACUGGGGAUUUAUAUGCUGUCAAAGUAUUUAACAGUAUAAGUUUCCUUCGUCCUGUGGAUGUUCAGAUGCGAGAGUUUGAAGUAUUGAAGAAACUAAAUCAUAAGAACAUUGUCAAAUUGUUUGCCAUUGAGGAAGAGACAACUACUAGACACAAAGUACUAGUUAUGGAAUUUUGUCCGUGUGGGAGUUUAUACACAGUUUUAGAGGAGCCAUCUAAUGCCUUUGGUUUGCCAGAGUCUGAAUUCUUAAUUGUUUUGAGAGAUGUGGUGGCUGGGAUGAAUCAUCUCCGUGAGAAUGGAAUAGUGCACCGUGACAUCAAGCCAGGCAAUAUAAUGCGUGUUAUAGGUGAAGAUGGACAGUCUGUUUACAAACUUACAGAUUUUGGUGCUGCAAGAGAACUUGAAGAUGAUGAACAAUUUGUUUCUCUCUAUGGCACAGAAGAGUAUUUACAUCCUGAUAUGUAUGAGCGAGCAGUUUUGAGAAAAGAGCAUCAGAAAAAGUACGGAGCAACAGUUGAUCUGUGGAGCAUAGGGGUGACCUUUUACCAUGCUGCAACAGGGAGUUUGCCUUUCCGACCAUUUGAAGGACCUCGUAGAAACAAGGAAGUGAUGUAUAAAAUAAUCACUGGAAAGCCUUCUGGUGCUGUUUCUGGAAUACAGAAGGCAGAAAAUGGACCUAUUGAGUGGAGUUGGGAGAUGCCUAUUUCUUGUAGCCUUUCAAAGGGUCUGCAAGUACUGCUCACACCUGUCCUUGCGAAUAUUCUUGAAGCAGACCAGGAAAAAUGCUGGGGAUUUGACCAGUUUUUUGCAGAGACGAGUGACGUACUGCACCGAAUAAUAAUCCACAUCUUUUCAUUACAGCAGAUGACCUUGCACAAAGUUUAUAUUCACAGUUAUAAUACAGCUGCUAUAUUUCAUGAGUUGGUCUACAAACAGACAAAAAUACCAUCUCAGAAUCAAGAACUGAUAUAUGAAGGUCGGCGCUUAAUACUAGAGCCUGGCAGAUUGGCACAGCACUUCCCCAGAACAACUGAGGAGAAUCCUAUCUUUGUAGUAAGCAGGGAGGCUGUGAACAUUGUUGGAUUAAUCUAUGAAGAAGUUUUACUUCCUAAAGUACAUCAACGUUACGAUUUGGAUGGGGAUGCCAGUAUGGCUAAAGCUGUGACAGGUAUUGUAUGUUAUGCCUGUAGAGUUGCCAGUUCUUUGCUACUUUACCAGGAGCUGAUGCGAAAAGGAAUUCGAUGGCUAAUUGAAAUAAUCAAGGAUGAUUACAAUGAAAUGGUUCAUAAAAAGGCAGAGAUUGUCAUCAGGUUGGAUUUCUGCAGCAGAAACAUUGAGAAAGCUGAAAAAAUAUAUGAGAAUUUGAUGCAGAUCAACUUGGAAGCAUCAGAAGUGGAUGAAAUUUCAGAGAUACACACAAAACUCUUGCGUCUCUCCAGCUCUCAGGGCACCAUAGAAACUAGUCUGCAAGAUAUCAAAACCAAACUUUCUCCUGGUGGUUUACUGGCUGACACUUGGGCAAAUCAGGAAGGCAUGCAUCCAAAAGACAGAAAUCCAGAAAGGCUGCAGGCACUGCUGUCUUCCAUCACAGACAUCUACUAUCAGUUCAAAAAAGACAAAGCAGAACGAAGGCUUCCUUAUAAUGAAGAACAAAUACACAAGUUUGACAAGCAGAAGCUGUAUUUGCAUGCUACAAAAGCCAUAGCUCUUUUCAAAGAUGAAUGUGUCAGCAAGUAUGAUACAUUUUUGGACAAAGCUGAGGACUGGACAAGGCAAGCUAUUGAUUUCUUUAAUAUUUGGCAAUGUUCAUUGUACCACUUUUAUAUAAGCAGCUCUCAAAAGAAAACUCUUUCUUUUAGGAAGAUGCUACACACAAGGAAGCAGUUACUGGCUCUCACCAACCAGUGUUUUGGUAUUGAAGAAGAGGUGUCCAAAUACCAGGAUUAUAUAAAUGAGUUGCAAGAUGCCCUGCCACAGAAAAUGUUUGCAGCUUCUAGUGGGAUGAAACAUACAAUGAAUACAGUCUAUCCAAGCUCAAACACAUUAGUAGAAAUGACUCUUGGGAUGAAGAAACUCAAGGAGGAAAUGGAAGGUGUUGUUAAAGAGCUGGCUGAAAAUAAUCACAUUUUGGAAAGAUUUGGUGCUUUGACUAUGGAUGGUGGCCUGCGGAACGUGGACUGUAUCUAGCUUCCAAAGGAUCUGAAGAGGACUUGUACAUUUUUUUUCAAAGGGAAAAAAAAUACUGUUGGGACAGUUAAAAGCAGAUAAUAAAUCUGUAUCCAGGAUUUUUUUUUCCUUCAACAACUGUAAUAUUAAAGAAAAUGUAAAUAUGUAUAAUAUGUAAAUACAAAAGAAAUAUAUAUCUUUUCUUGAUCACUUUUAGGAUAGAAUAACUUCUGGCAGGGAAUUGAGCCCCUUGGAGGAUCUCUGAAGAGUCCUAAAGGGAAAAGUAUUGUUGAUGAAACUGAUAUUUGUCUACUUUGAAUAUUGCCCUUUUUUUCAGAAUGCAAUUUAGUCUUCAUUGCAAGAGGACUUGUAGUACUCCAAAACGCCCUUGUAUAAAGGGUAUUUUGGAUUUCCUUCAAUGACCACUGUUAUAUAGGAGUCUAGCUGAAUGACUUUGAUCAUCACAGAACAUGAUGAAUGUUUUAAAUGAGAUGUUUUUAAAUGAGUGUCAGUAGGGACUAAGAGUGCAGAUAGGACAGAAUAGAAAUGCAUUUCUCUUUCCUUCACAUCCAAACUGUUAGUUCACUUCUACUUGAGAAAGCAAAUUCGCAAUAUUUUUUUAAGUUCUCUGAAUAUUUGGUGCCAUGUUGUCUGUAACCAUUUGACUGCUUAGUAUAUGGAAGUUUUGCACUCCAGCUUGUCAGAAUGAAUGUAAAAAUUCAUUUUUUUGGAGUACAGCAUUUUCAGACUUUCCCUGAAAUCUUGUUGCUCACCACAACAGUGGGUACUUAAAACAGCUUCUUAAUCUUAUUUGCAAGUAUAAUUUUUUUAAAAGGUUAAAAAUUUGGUAUGAGAAGAACUUGUGUGCAGUCAGUAGACUGGAUAGUAUCAGACCUCAGUAGUAAUUGGAUAGUGGAAAAUAAGGUACCAGUCUAGAUCUUGAAAAUGGAUCACUCCCACUGCUGCCUUAAAACUAUAGGUACCAAACUUUAAUGGAAGAUUUAGUAAGAGUAUAUUUAUUUUCCAGCACCAGUAGUUACUUCUUUCAGUACUACAUGACUGGGAUGCAGAGAUGCAGAGUGAAACAUUUUGCUCCAGAAUACAUAGGAGAAAGAGAACAGGAAAACAAAAAUUCUGGAAACAUCCCUUUGUUUGGGUACUACAGAUGUACAUACUUGUUUCAGAUGAGCCUGCAAAUAUUACAGAACUCAUUCCUUCUUUGUGGAAACCUGGCCAUGGAUGUUCAGUGAAGUCCAAUAGCACUUCUCAUUGCUGCAUUACACCUGUAAGAGCUUGACCAGCUGUAUUUAGAAUUUUCCGUAAUUAUUGGUGGAAUAUUUAGGUGUAAACAAAACAACAUCAACCAGUGAUGACAUCUGGUAGUUUUGUGGUGCUGAUUCCCUGCUUAUCUGUCCAAAACAUUUUCAUUUCUUUUUUAGACGAUAUUUGGAGAGAAACUUAGGAAAUUCAUAAAUGACUGUUUCAUUUUAAAAGAAAAGGAAAUUUGCUUGCCUUGAUUUCCAAGACCUGCAUUCCAGUGUUCUUGGUGAGAAUCAAAAAAGGGAAUUCAAACAUUUUUACACUUAUGUGAGCAGCUCAGCUUCUGUCUCUGUCACUCAAAAAAUCUAGCUAUGCAAAAGGAGUGCAGCAGUUUGUCACAUCUUUUCUGGCGUUCCUAACAAUUUUUAAUUACUGGAAUUAUGUCUAACUGGAAUGUUUUAAUGCCUGCUUGUACAUUUGUUCAUUCACAUCCACUCAUCUCACUGAGUAUCAGUAAAACACAUGAAUAAAUGUUGAAAGAAUUGCGUGCUCUAGAUGUGCAUAAACUGUAUUUUUUUCCCAGCAUUUUAACACUUCAUUGUUUCAAAGUUCUUAAUCUUGAAAGAAAUCAAAUGCUAGGUGGAAUAUAUAAUUUUCAACUUCCUUAUACUGAAGCAGUCUGAAAAAGAAAAUUAAUUGUAGUAAAAGUAUAGUCUGUAUGUUGAAAUAUGUGCAGAUUUAUUUUACAUGUUUGAAAAUUUUUUGUUACUUUUUAUGUUCAUUUUGAACAUGGCUGGCUUUAGUUUGCUGAAUACAUCAGUAAUGUUAAUCAUGUUAAAAUUUCUUUUUCUAAAGCAAUUUUAACGAAGCAGUAGCUAAGGAACUCUAAGUAAUCAGUUCAUAAUCUUCUGAUUACAUUAUUAUGAAGCAAAUAAUUUUUCAAGUCAAAGCAUAGUGUACGGUACCAUCAACUUUUUGCUCAAACUAAGUGUCCUGAUGCUAUGAAUCUUGCUAUUGAUUUGCCAAAAUAAGUAAUAGAAAGUAAUAUAUGGUUCUUCUUCCUGAAGCUGGUUUACUGGUUUGGGGGGUUUAGCUGAAUAUAUUAAUUAUCUGUUACUUGAACAAACCUGUCUUCAUAUGAAUUGUGUAAAUGCAUGAGUGAACACUUUAAUGACAUAAAUACAUCAUCAACCACUUAUUGUA